CGGAUGCACUGAGCGAAAUUUCAACUGCAGCUCAAUUGGCCUUUUCUGUUUUGCUCGCCAGAAUACUUAUACUUAGUGCCCUUCUUCUAUAUAGUUAUAAGAACGUGACAUCGACAGAGUAAAUAGAAAAAUGACCGACGCCAGCGUUACAGUAGACCCGACGACAUUGACCCCGACCUCGAUUGAGGUCAUGGCUAACCAGGCCACCAUCAACAUCGGUACCAUUGGACAUGUGGCCCACGGAAAGUCGACGCUUGUUAAGGCCAUUUCGGGCGUGCAGACUGUUCGUUUCAAGAACGAGCUGGAGCGUAAUAUUACCAUCAAGCUGGGCUACGCCAACGCCAAGAUCUACAAGUGCGACAGCCCCGACUGCCCACGCCCCGGCUGCUACAAGUCGUACGGUUCGAGCAAGGAGGUCGAGUUCCCGUGUGAGCGCGUGGGCUGCACUGGAACCAUGAAACUGAUGCGCCAUGUGUCGUUCGUCGAUUGUCCGGGACACGACAUUCUUAUGGCUGUCAUGCUUAACGGAGCUGCAGUGAUGGACGCCGCCAUGCUGCUGGUUGCCGCCAACGAGUCGUGCCCGCAGCCGCAGACGUCGGAGCACCUGGCUGCGGUAGAGAUCAUGCAGCUGCAGAACAUCAUCAUCCUGCAGAACAAGGUUGAUCUGAUCAAGGAGGACCAGGCGAUUGAGCACCACCAGCAGAUCUGCAAGUUCACGAAGGGCACCAUCGCCGCCAACGCCCCCAUCGUGCCCAUCUCGGCGCAGCUCAAAUUCAACAUUGACGCUGUGGUGGAGAACAUUGUCAAGCGCAUUCCGAUCCCGGUGCGCGACUUCUCCUCGGACCCGCACCUGAUUGUCAUUCGCUCGUUCGAUGUCAACAAGCCCGGAGCCGAGAUCGACGAGCUCAAGGGCGGUGUUGCCGGUGGCAGUAUCCUGAAGGGCGUGCUCAAGCUGGGCGACGAGAUUGAGAUCCGGCCUGGUCUUGUGCGCAAGGAGGGCUCCUCACAGAUCACUGUGCGCCCGAUCCACUCGCGCAUCCUGACGCUGAACACCGAAGCGAACCACCUCAAGUUCGCCGUGCCCGGUGGUCUCAUUGGUGUCGGAACCAUGGUCGACCCUGCGCUGUGCCGUGCCGAUCGCCUGGUCGGCCAGGUCCUGGGUCACGUGGGCAAGCUGCCCAAGGUGUACAUUGAGCUCGAGAUCAACUACUUCCUGCUGCGCCGCCUGCUGGGUGUCAAGACCGACGACAAGAAGCAGGCCAAGGUGUCGAAGCUGUCCAAGAGCGAGGUCAUUCUGGUCAACAUUGGCUCGACCUCGGUUGGUGCGCGCGUCACCGGUGUCAAGAGCGACCUGGCCAAGCUUGUGCUGUCGAACCCGUCGUGCACAGAGAUUGGCGAGAAGAUUGCCAUGAGCCGGCGUAUCGACAAGCACUGGCGUCUCAUCGGCUGGGCCAAGAUCAUGAAGGGCAAGGUGUACGAGCUCGAGCAGAACUAGGAAUAAAAUGCCGUUUCAUCCAAGUGAUUAUUAGUGACUGUUUCGUAGGAGGCGCGUUUUAUUCUUCCAAAACAAAAAUCGAAGACUUGCAC